AUGUGGUUGCAAAUGAUCAUGGUCGGCAGCUCGGGGCAUCAUGCAGCGAUCGCGCGAGCCGAUGUCGUGAUGUCGAUCCACAUGGCGUCUCCGGGUUUUGCUAGUUCUGCCAGUCAUCUGAUUGCCCGCCCUCCUGGGCCAUUGCGACCCUUGAGGCAAGACGAUGGAGGGGCUACGUGCUGCGAGGCGCCAAAGGCGUGGUGGAUCGACGACUUCGGGAUAGGGGCUAGGCGGCAGCGACGCGAUGAUACCUACCUUAAGCUCGACGCCGACAAGCUCGUUCGCCAGAACAUUGACGACCUCAUGACUCUGCCUCUCGAUCCUCCCGAGAUCGCCGCCCAGGGCAACACCGUCACGGCCCCAAGCACCAGAGUCUUCGCCGCCGGUCACGCCUGCGUCUGCAACCCGCUCAAGAAGCCGCACUAUCCCAAGGACUGGAUCCCCUCCCACUGCGCCUUCACCACCCAGCACGGCGCCCGCGCCGAGGCCCAAACCGUCGUCAAUCCGAGUAACGACAUUUAUGCCCAAAUUGUCGCCUACAUGGAUACCGACGCCGCGAACAUGGACUUUGCCGACCAGAGUUUGCUCAGCGACCUCUUCCGCGGCCGCUGGGUGUCGCUACCCUAUGUCUACAACGCCCUCAAGACGUUGCGUUGGCCUGGCGUUCACGACGCCAUAUGGAGCGACGACGACGUCAAGGUUGUCCACUAUAUCCUCGCCCCCAAGCCCUGGGAUGAGCGGGCACAAGACGGUACCUGGACCAACGCGGGCAGGCCCGAAGACCAGGAGACGCACCAGUGGUGGAGCAACGCUGACGGCGAGAGGAGGAGGCAAGAAAAGGCCAACGGCAUUGACGACGGCUUCUGA